UAUAGAAUAUUUUACCGUUGAAAAGUAAAUCUUUUGUAAAUACUUGCCGAUUAAGAGUUGAUGUGAGUCGAAUGUAAGGUAAAAAAGUAGGAGGAAAGUAAACGAGGCGAGCAAUAAGAGACGCGGGAGGAAAAGAUGAAGAAGAAAAAGGUGGAGAAGGAGGAGGGGGAGGAGACGAGUGGUAGUAGGAGAAAGAUGAGGAAGAAGACAGUACGGAAGAAGAGGAGGAAGACGAUGGAAAAGAGAGCCAGGCGAGAGGUAAAAGAGAGGCGUGCGUGCGAGAAGUGAGGCGAGGUGAGGGAGGUGAGGAGUUGGGUAAGGUGAGGGCUCCUACGGGUAAGUACCACUCACUUCAUUGACUCGUGCGUACGCCCGCACGUCUGUCAGUCCAUCCUCACUCACUCGAUCCUCACUUACUCGCCCGCCUCGCUCGCCGCAGACACUGGCGGCCGUGAGUACUCGGCGGUACACAUACACUUCAAAUCUCGCCUGACCUGGGCGUCGAAGCCGCCGCCGCCGCCGACUUUAGAGAGGUCCCGAGGUCGCAGGCAGCGGCGCGGUGCAACGUGCAACCAGCGCGUGACCUCCUGGAUCUGGAAGGUCAUCACUCGUCUCUCACGGCCCGGUAUCGGGUUCUGAUUUAUCGAUUGUUUCGAUCCCCCUUCGGUGCCGUAGGGCCUCGCCUCGCCUCGGCGACGAUCAGUGUCCGGAGAACAGAGCUCGGUCGUCGCCGGGACCAAGAGGAUGACCUUGGCGCGCAUCGCUAGGAUCUCGGUGGUCCUCGUGUUGCCACUGCUGCUGCUGCUGCUGCUGCUCGUCGUGGACGGAUCGUGGGCGCAGGCUUAUCCCCGCGAGAUCAAGCCAGGAUGCAGAUACGAGGGUCGCCGAUAUCAGGAAGGAACGGCAGUGGGUACGUCCGAGCCCUGCCUGCAGUGCCGGUGCAUCGAAGGCGCAUUGAGAUGCCGGCUCCGAGUGUGUCCACGAUUGCCGAUUUCACCACCGCCCGGCUGUCACGUUCGUUCGCCGGUCGAGAACGUAUGUUGCGCCGAGCUAGUUUGCGGCGAAUCACGCGACGUCGAGAAUAUGUUGCGGAGAGCCAGUGUACAAACGAACAUGGAAGCUGAGGAUGAGGCGAAGCAUGUUCACCACUCGCGUACGGAAGGAUGUCUGCACGAUGGGAUUCAAUAUGGCUCGGGGUCGGCGAUGAUGGGCUCGCGCCGAUGCGAGUAUUGCUACUGCAUAUCCGGCACGAGGAGAUGCGUUCGACCCAAGUGCCUGCUACCUCUACCGGGAUGCACCCCGCUGUACGCGCCCCAUUCCUGCUGCCCGGUCGCCUAUAACUGCACCCACCACCAUCCGUCCACAAUGGCGCCGGUAUCGGGAAACGGAUGUCGCGUGGGCGAGCGCACUUACGUCGAGGGCGAGAUGGUUCGCGACAUCGAGUGGAAGGCCGCAUGCGACAAUUGUUUCUGCGCGAUGGGCGCCAUACGGUGCGUUCCGCUUGCGUGCGCUCCACCUCUCCAAGGCUGCAGCCCGAUCGUGCGAGAAGGACAAUGCUGCCCGUCCACCUACAACUGCAGUGGCAGCAUUGAAGUAAAGGCCACCCAAAACUACGCAUCCUACGCCUUCGUCAGCAAGGACUACGCCAAGUUCCGCAAGGAGACUAACUUUUUCCCUGCGAUUGAUCAAUCUACGAAUCCGCCCGUCGAAGGACGAGGUCACAGAGUGGUUGAGGAACGGAUUAGCACCAGCACGAUCGAUCUCGAGGAGGACUCAUCUGUCGCCACCUACUCGACCGCUUGGCCCUCGACCAUGGAGACCGACAUCAUGGACAAUGAAAUCUUGAUAGGGACGGUAGACUAUAAAUCGACCUUGGAAGUGACGACUGCCGCAACUUCAGCGACUGAGUUAUCGAGUAACACUGAAUCGACAGUAUCAUUCGAGUCGACACUGGCGUCCACCAAAGACGCUGAUUCCAUUACUGGUUCCUGCACGAUGUGCUUAACGAACACGUUCACGGACUCGACGCUCAUAACGACGGAGGAUCCAUCCGGCACGGAUGGCUCGACGAUCUCGUUGUCAGAAUGGACGACGGUGCUUUCCGAAUUAAUGCUCGAUAAUGGAAAUGAUGAAAACGAGGGUGCCGGCGGGGAUGAAAACAAAAACGCGAGCGAAAACGAGGAGCGGAAUAAAGACGAGGCUACGGAGAGAGGGACAACGGUAGAGGAGAAAGCGGAUAUAAAUGAGAAAAAUAAAGCUACGAUGCAUCCUUUCACAGUUUCGACGAAUGCCGGGGAAACGUUCAUUCCCGGCGAGAAAUUUUCCGAGAACUCUACACUCAUUAAGAGAAUGGAGACGAUCGGUAAGAGACCAGUCACCAGUCCAUCGUCGACGAUACUCAUGCCGGACGACAUCCUCGUGAUGAACGUGACAGUCAAGACGAAUGUCUCGGUGGGUCAUAUACAAGGUGUCACGAUAAAUCCAAUUAGGUCCAUUCCGCCCGACAUUGAGGCCAUCCUGAACAUCACUCAUCGAGAAAAAGGCGAGGAUUAUGACUACGACUAUGGCGAACGACUUCUGCCGCCGUCGCUGCCGAACGUUAGGAUAAUACCAUUUGUGGCGGCAGAUGCGUUGGUGAAAGAUAAGGAUGUACCCUCGUCUGAGGCUAGAUAUCCUCCUGGUUCAGUUGUAGUGCCCCCUGAACUACAACCGACCGAUACUUCCGGCUUCUAUGAUAUUGCAACACAGGAGAACCGAUUUAGCCCACCCGUAGAAACUGAAGGUGGUUUUGUACCUAGAGAGCCGCCAUACUUCGAUGUACCUUACCGCUCCACAGACUUAAAUCUAGAGAUCGGUACUGGAGUUACUGUAGUGCCACAAAUUACGAAUCUACAUCAAAAGAAUAAUGAUUUAUCCAAUAAAUGUCACUUUGAAGAUAUGGAGUAUCGCCACGGUGAGAUCUUGCCACGCGCCGCUUUUUGCAUAAUCUGCAUGUGUUAUUACGGAGAAGUCGUCUGCUCCUCGGAAAAGUGUCCGCCGUUAAAAAUUGGUUGUCGCAGAAUCAAUUCUGAGGAGAAAUGUUGCGGAAAAAUCGUUUGCGUCGAGGCUGAUGAAUCGCCAACGGUAGUGCUCGACCGGGCCGACGCCACGGCACCUUCUCAACGACAACCCACAGUGUCCCCGGAUCCGUUCCGCGACGUCAUCAAAACCGAACCAGCCCCCGACUUACCUUCGCUGAUCGAAGACAUGAUCCCAUAUCUGGUUGAACGCGUCAUCACAACGCCCAGGUCGACGACGUCCGUGACGGCUUCGAAGACUUCGGCGCAAGGCUUGGUGGGCAAUCAAUUACAACACCCGUCCAACUUUGACUUUAUGGAACAGGUGCCGCUUAUACAACCGCCCUUCGAUUACGGCGAGGAAACGAUCGACUCCUCUUUCCUAGCGAAGAUGAAGUACGGAGUGAACCGUGAGGCAGCUUCGACAGAUACCGUCUCGCUAACGUACGAUUCCAAGGAUCAGAUCCUGGAUCGCGAGCCCUCCGAAAAUCCUGAGGCAGACGUCUUCGAUUACGACGGAACAGCAUUGACCAAGUUAAAUCGCACGACCGACAGUUCGAAGUACGAUUUCCAUCAGAGCAAUACUACGGAGCAGAAGUUCACGAAGGGAAACGUAUCCGGGACCGACGAUCUCGAUAGAAACUUCAACGGCGAAGAGGACAAUCGUAACACGACGAGAUACGACAAUCGUACUGAAACGGAUAAUUUUCCAAGUGAAGAUGGAAAGACCACCGAGGACGCUGAAGACGCCACUAUCUUUUCUUUGGACAGUGUCCUUAAGCUGCUGUUUUCCUCGAACACCACCAGUUCGAGCAACAAGCUGGCCGAAACCACGAAGAGACCGAACGUUUCCUCCAUUAGCAGUGUACGAGAGGAGGAUCAGGAAAUUCUCCUCGCGUCAUCGACGAGUACGGAAAGGUUAACCGAGAAGACGGAAACUGUCGAGACAUCCUCGAAGGUUCUCGACAAUGAGAUACCAAUGUCCGUGGGCAGUUUGCUGAAGCUGGCGGGUUGCAAUAUAUAUGGGCGAAUGUAUCGCGUCGGUAGAAUUAUCACGGAGCUCUCGAGUCCCUGUGAAGAAUGCAGGUGCACGGAAAUCGGUGUCCGAUGCGAACAAUUGAAAUGUUAAUCGGAUAAUCAAUUCGAUGUCGCUGUAAAAAAAGAAAAACGUCUCGCGAAUGCUCGAAGUCUGAUAAAAUAAGAGUGUUCCGUCGACCACAUUGAAAGUGCUUACAUGUUGUGUGAAAUAUUUUUGAAAAGGGAUAAAACGUUGCUUGCAAUUUAGCAGUGCCGGGAAAAAUAAUUACUUGAAGUAGAAGAUAAUAAUAGACAAAUAUUUAUUUAAAAGAUUUAUAAACAAUACAAAUUAAAAUAAGUAUUUUGUGUAAUAUAAUAUAAAAAAUGCAAAUAGUGUUUAAUUCAUAUUUAUUUGAAAUAAAAAGGUAUCUGUUUCAUAUUUCGACAUAUCUUGGAUAAAUAAGUUUUCUCUAUUUUCUAUUUAUUAAAAGUACAAGAUAGAAAAUAAUAAAUUUAUAGCCUGUUUUUAUAUUUCAAAUCGUUUUAAAUAUAAUCUCAAGAUGUUAUGAACCAAAUAUAUAUUAGCGUUCUUAAGAAUAUACUUAAGACGAUUUUGAAAGAGACUUGUUUUAAGAACGGGUUAUAAUUACCGGCUAUAAAACUAAAAUAAUCGACAUUAAUAUGACUAAAAUAAUAAAUUCACUUAUUAUUGAUUAUCAAGAUUGCGUUCCAAAAUUCACACUGCCAGUACUAAAAAUUUAUAGUAUACGUAAAAUAAACUAUACAUUUUUAGUACUUGUAUAUUGAAACGCAGCCGAAGUAAAUAAUCAAUAAGAAGAAAAUUUAUUUUGUAACAUGUUUAUAGAAAAAUGAGUUACAUGUUGUGUAUAUCCAUGAAUUAAAUGAUAUUUCAUUUUAGUCUUACAAUUUUUUUUUGUUUUGUACUUUUAAUAAAUAGAAAAUAAAAGAAAAUUAUCUAUAAUAUAUCGAGAUGUAAGAUAAACAUUUCAUUUCAAAUAAACGUAAAUAUAAAUAUUAAACAAUAUUUCUUUUAUAUGUACAAAACGCUUAUUUCAAAUAGUAUUUUUUUAUCGAUAUCACCUUUAAAUAAAUAUUUUUAUUAAACCUAUUUCAAUUUUUCCCUGGCACUGCAGUGAUAAUACGAUCGUAUUUUUUUUUAAAUUUACCUCCUGUUUAAUUUUAAAUUUUACAAAGUUUAUAGUAACAAUAAAAAAACUCUACAAUGUUUUUCGAUCUAAAUAAUUAUAAAAUCUCGGAAUUAUCUGCACAAAAAAAAGAGAAAAAAAGGAACAUCUAUAUAAAAUUAGAUUAAAAUAUGGAAACGAUAUUCUGAUUUAAAUAACUUCAUAAUGGGACUUUACGAAGAUUGUAAAGUUUGAAAAUUUUUAAGUCUAAGAUUUUUUUAUUGUGAAUUUUACCGAAUUAAAUGACCAACGGCUUUAUCACGAUGAAGUAGAAAUAUGAUUACUCUAGCAUUUAUCUUUAUACCUUUAAAUUUCGUAGAAAUCCGUCGAAUUCCACAGAAAACGUGUAAAAAAAACUUUUUAUUACCUGUUUAGCUUAUAUAAUUUUGGAUGUUUGAAUUUACUCUGACCAUACACAAAUCGAUUCACUAUUGAUAUAGUCAGAUGCUGUCUGAAACUACGAAUCUCUGAAACUAACAAGACGGCCUUGUUGUUAUAUCGCCAAGACAUCUUGGCAGAGCGAUGAAUCUUCGGCCAGAACUUCGGACAACUUGGACCACGUAAUUAUCCAGGCAGAACCGAUAGACUCAGUCUCGAUGACCCUCGAUAACGAGACACCGAGGUUCGUGGUCAGAUUACUCUAACUGGGUGUAAUAUCCGCGCCGGGUUGUACCGCGUUGGUCGCAUCAUUACGGAGUGUCUCUCUAAGUUUUCGUCUCAAAUGCGGUUGCGUCACAAGCGGAUUUAUGUAAACCGACGAAACUUAGGCGUCGGAUCCUUAAUUGUUUGGAUGCCUCACAGAUCAAUUUUCUUCGUGAAUAUCCCUCGGCUUCGGAACAAAAUGUCUGAAGAAUGAUAAAUUAUCUAAAGAAUCUUUUAAAAUUUAUAAAAGAAAAAAGUAAAAGUCGCGAUUCAGAAAUUCUCAGUAGUCCUCAGUUUUUCCGAUCGUUUUUCCUCGUGUUCGAGAGGUUGUAAAAAGUAGAUUACAUAUUGUAGAAAAGAAUACUCCACUAAUAUUUGCAGCGGUUUUUUUGUCAAUUAAAGAUUAAUGGCAGUUUGACGUUCUUUCGCUUUUUCUGCGAAUAUCCGCACGUAAUUGACCUUUUCUUUCGAUUAGAGCUUUCGCUUGUAUAACUCGUUCUAUAGUUUGCCGCGGUUGUCAUCUCUCGUCUUAUCCCGGGAUUUUCAGAUUUCUCCUUCUAAUUUCUUUCGUGCCUGCUUCGUUCUCUCUCUCUCUCUCUCUCUCUCUCUCUUUCUGUAUCGGCGAGCAUUAUUCCCAGGACGUCGCGUCGCGCGGUGGUCAUAAACGCGGGCCUUAGGAGAAUCCACGUCCUGGCAGGAUCGAUCAGGAUUGUAAUUGUGAGGAAUAGUCCUUCCGUGCCUCGAAGGAUAAGUGGAUGAAGGCGGAAGUUAGCGCGGUAUUCGCUCGCCACGACCGCCUUUCCUCUUUAAUGGGAAUUAUCCGUCUAUAUACUGGCGGGGUGGAGACGGGGGUGCCGUUUUGAUUUAUCUUCGUAAUUUAUCUCUCCAGACCGAAUGCAAAAGAUAUCAGGUUGGAAUACUAUGGCAGCAAAGAAAGGAGAGGGAAGAAAAAGAGAGAGAGUAAUCAUUCGGCGCGAAGACGCUCUUACAAAAUUUAAAUCGUCCCGCUAAAUUCUACACCUUUUGCAGACAAAUUAGAUUUGUGGCGCAUGUGAGCCAGCCAUUGUUUGUGAUUUGUGAACAUUUAUAAAAAAUUAAAAGUUUGACGAAAGAGAAAUAAUCUGCAUAAGCCGAAUCUCUUCGAGUGUUGAAUAAUCUUCUGCUUUUUUAUCACACAAAUCGAUUAUUCAAUUCUGAUUGGAAAAGUUAUUUGACACUGGAAGAACUUAGUUAUGGAGAUUUUUUUCAUAAUUUUGUCAAUUUUCUGUAAAUGUUAUAUCAUGAAUGAUAGUGCUUUAUACUAGCUCUUAAGUUAUUAUAACGAUCUCAGUAGCAUCACUGAUUCAAACUGGAAUCUAAUAAAUCAAUAUAAUUAAGAUAUCUUGUUAUAUCUUAUCAUUACACAUGUAUACAAUGCAUGCAGGCGCGAUCCAAGAUCAGUCAGCAAUGAAUAUUGUUAUCAAUGAUGCUAAAAUAAUUUUACACAGAUCAUGACGUCGAUUCAAUAAAUAUUACUCAUCAUUUUCAGCAUUAUUUUUUGAAUCGGCGCUGCCAUUAAUUAAGGGUAAAUUAAAACUAAUAAGUAUAACAUUACGAGACACAUAUAGAUAUUUGCAUCCGUAUUCUGCUGUAACUGAUAUACUGUAUCGAGAGUUAUAAGAAUGCUUUGUUGUGAUUUAUAAAACGUUGUAUUAUUAAAUCUUCUGAAUGUUUUCACUU